AUGGUGGGGCGACCGACACAGCGUCUCGCAUGCGCCCUCUUCGCGAUCGUGGCCGCCGCGACGACGAUUGAGCCUACCAAUUCCUCGGCGGGCGUGGAUUACGGUAGCACCAUAAAUUUGCAGAACAAAGAUGGGCAGAACACUACGACGUUGGUGCCUUUGACGCCGGAAGCGACUGAGAAAGAUCUCGACGGCGCCCUCUUUUACACAACCGACUCCAACUCCAACAACAUCUCGCAAUCCGAAAUAGCCUUCAUAUCUUGCGACCCGUCCUCCUACCCCGGCAACAUCCACGCCGACACCGUCCUCUCCAACAUCUACAACAGCGGCAAGCCCUCCGCCGCCAUUCUCUACAGCACAUCCACCGGUUAUUGCAACUUCACCUCCGACGAUGCGCAGCUGAACCAGUUCGCUAUCUACAGCACGACCAAUAUGGCCGAGGCAUCGAGCCAGAAAGACAAUCUUACCGCCCUGACCGCGGGCGAGAAGCUCUUCGUGCGCAUCGCCCGCAGUGAGCAGAACAAUAGCGGCAAUGAUCCCAAUUCGCAAACGCAGGGGCAGCAGAACCCGCUGGGUCCGAGCCCUUCUACCGCUGUGGCAAUGAUUAUCCUGUACAGCAUUACAGGUGUCAUCACGGCGUUAUUCCUGGUGAUCAUCGUCACGGGUGCGGUUCGCGCGCAUAGACAUCCUGAUCGGUAUGGACCAAGAGAUGUGAUGGGACGACCGAGGCAGAGUAGGGCGAGGGGUUUGGGCAUGGCGAUUCUGGAUACGAUACCUAUCGUUAAGUUUGGGGAGAGGGAACAACCUAAGCCCACCGACGUAGAAUUGGGCUCCACAUCCGAUGCCCGCGAUGUCAAUGCUGCCAAUACGGAUACCACCGCGCCGACGCCCACACCCGCCGCUACAGAAGAAACUCAAAGGGAAACGACGAGAGAAGCCGGCGUAGACCACGCAGAGGGCUUGGAUUCCGGCAUCGCUCCCGCUGCAGGCGCCGCUGUCGCUGCGGCAAAUACGUCCGCGGAGGAGGGCCUCGGGUGCUCCAUCUGCACCGACGACUUCGAGAAGGGCCAGGACAUCCGCGUGCUGCCCUGCAACCACAAGUUCCACCCCGAGUGUGUGGAUCCAUGGUUGUUGAACGUGAGCGGCACGUGUCCAUUGUGUCGUGUUGAUUUGCGCCCCACGACAUCACACACUUCCACCGACGAAGAAGCCGCCGACUCCGAUACCCUCGCCCCGCCUCUACAGUCCGAUGAGCCCGCGAAUCGUCGCCAUUCCACGCUGCGCGACGUCCUCUCCUUCCGCAGCCGGCCUAACGCCUCGGCCGAUGAGCGCAUCUCGGCUUUACGGCGGCUACGCGAGCAGCGCCGCAACGCUAGCAGAGAGGGCGUAGGGAGCAGUGCGAACGCCAGCACAGACGAUGUCGCGCAGGAUCGAAGAAGGAGUAAGAGGAUGAGCUUGUUUGGAAGGAGAAGGGGCGAUAGCGUGAGGGAGGAGAGCCCCCGCUACAACAACAGGUGA